UUAACAGAAAAAAAGAGAUUUAAAGCAACUAAAAUUUCUCCUUUCUUGGUUCCGUACAAAUCUUUCCCUCUCAGACAAAGCCUCUUCUGUGGAGCUCCCUUCAGUCUAAAAUUCCCCAAAUUCAUCCUCUGUUUUUUUACAAAAUUUCUUUCUUUCUUUCUUUUUCUUCAGUCUCUGGGUUUGAAUUAUGAGUUUCUAGGGUUUGGGUUUUUACGAGAGUUAAAGAAAGCAGACAAAUUUGGCGGGAAUUAUUGAGAUUUGGUAGACAAUUCUGAAAUUUGGGGUUUUUUGGGUUUUCUUUUUCAGUUGAUUUUUGGUUACAAUUAUGGCUGCAAGUGCAAACCCAUCUGGGAAUCAAGAAGCUGGUGGUGGUGGUGGAAACAACCCUAGUAAUGGUCAUAAUCAUAAUUCUAAUGGAGCUGUGAAUGGUGGUGGUGUUGGAAACCCUAAUAAUACUAAUGGAAAUUCAGCUGUUCCGGUUGAUAGUGAAGAUUAUAUCCGUAUGUUAAAAGGGCUAAAACAUGCUCCUGUUCCUGGUUUAGCUUUAAAAUGGACACCUGAGGAGCUCACAAUCUUUGAAGAUGGUCUUACCAAGUAUGCCGCGGACACGUUUCUAGUGCGUUGUGCAAAGAUUGCAAUGGAAUUGCCAGAUAAGACGGCGCGUGACAUUGCACUUCGUUGCAGAUGGAUGACCAAAAAGGAGAAUGGCAAGAGAAGGAAAGACGACCAUAAUCCAUCGAGGAAGAGCAAAGACCGAAAGGAAAAAAUUGCUGAUCCCUCAACAAAGUCAGCAUCUCACCUAGCAGUUCGACCCAAUGUUCCUCCAUAUGCGAUGCCCAUGAUGCCCAUGGACAACGACGAUGGCAUUUCCUUUAAAGCCAUUGGUGGCGCAACAGGACAGCUGCUUGAGCAGAAUGCACAGGUCUUCAAUCAAAUAUCUGCAAAUUUUGCGUCUUAUCAGUAUCAGGAAAACAUCAAUCUGUUUUGCCAAACUCGGGACAACAUUCUUAGCAUCUUGAAUGACUUGAACAACAUGCCAGGAAUAAUGAAGCAGAUGCCACCACUUCCAGUGAAGAUGAAUGAAGAGCUAGCCAACUCCAUACUCCCAAGGUCGUCCUUGUCCAUGCAUCAAUAACAAUAACCGCAAGACAUCAUAUCCCUUUCUCUCCCCAACUGACGCUUUCCAGCACAAAGAACCUAAGGGAGUUUGUAGCUGAUGUACAACAGUUCACGUUUCACAUUAGAGCAGGACUGUAACACCACAUCAAAGCCCCGCCCUCACCAUCAUAAAAAAUUUCACUGUUCGAUAGAGGUGAGUUAUCCAUUAGGUCUCCUUACUGUCAGUCUCUCUGUUGAAAGUAAUAAAGUAGUAGUUCAAUUGCCCACUCAACGUUUCCAGAAAAGUCUUUUUUUUUCCUGCUCUUUAAAACCAUGGUUUACUGCAUUUUGGUGGUUCUGGGGUAUAUAUAUAAAUGUGGAAUGGAUGCUUAGCAACUGUUAAGAACAAACUAUACAGAACUGAUGAAAUAGAAUAAAUUAGUCUUUCAUUGUA